UGGAACAUCACAACGUACAUAUGGAACCGAGAUUCCCGACAACUUUGAUGAUAUGUCACCUUCCAGGGGCAAAACGUGAACAUAAUGCAGCAUAUGGAGACACCAAUGGAGGAGAGCGUUUGUCAAUGUCGGUAUUGUUUUCACUUAUGUAAAGUAAUAAUAAAUACUUCUUCAAGUUUACUUAACAUAUGCUUUGCUCUUUGUUCUGUGCUUUUUAUCACAUAAAAGUCUGGAGCACUACCUAUCAGCAAUGGGUAAGUAUUAGCCGGUUGCUAGAACUAACAUGCUUUGUGUGUAGCAAGUUGGAGCUUUGUGUGUAUUGGGCGUGAGGUAUGCAAGGGUGUGAGGUAUGCAAGGGCGUGUGUGUCAUAAUGUCAGGACUUGUCUUUUCUUCAGGAUAAACAUUCCAUAAUAAAUGCAGCAAUACACCAGGGUAAGCUGAGAAAUGAAAGGAUUUGCCUUGUGACUUAACGUUUGCUCACAUUGGUCGGCGUGUAUCAUUGCUAAUUGCAAAAUAUUAGUCAUAAGGCAUAUCCUUUCAGAUCCGUGUCUGAUAUUGUAGUGAGAUAUUUACAUUUUAAGCCACAACUACAACCACAAGCGCUGCCACAACGCCGUCAACGUGCGGCCCUAUGGCUGAUGCCUCUCUGAACGAGGACUGCUCCAACGCUAGAUGCGUGGCCGUCAACAGCUCAUGUGUGACGACGUCAGCCGGAAACCGCAGAUGUGCCUGUAUUAACAAGAACGUACAGAUAUCUCCUACAGGAUGCUCAAUGGGGCCCAGUAUUCUGUCAAGUAAGAAAACAUCCGUCUUCGCCACAGAUCUAUCAAGAACAUCACAACUUGUGGGUUCAAUCCCUCUGGACGAGCUGAGUAAAUUUCCAACAGUUACAUUCUCCACAGAAGCUAGUGUAUAUCCUGAUGAGGGGAUUCUGGACCUGAGGAGGAGCUCGGGGAAGAUUGAUGUUGCAUUGGUCAAGGAGAUACGCGAUGCUCAAACCUUUGUCGUGGUGUUACGUGCAUCCGCGGGGGAGUUCAGUGUGCAGCAGCUUGUGACUGUCAGGAUCACAUCCUCCUCCUUCACUCCAGAAGACGUCACAGUUAUGCUGGUGGAGGGAACCAGGAGAGGCACACUGAUAGCUGACGUGAGGACUAUUGGUAGUUUGGGGGUUACAGCAACUACGAUAUUGAGACCACAGAUAAUACAGCUAGGGCCUUGUUCCUUGUGACAGCCUCAGGGCAAGUUCUCUGUGGACAGGACAUGUUUCUGAGUGACUUUGCCAAUGACGACACAGUGGCUAAAGAAUAUAUAGUCAGUGUCACGGCGACAAUGGGAGGACAAAGAGCAACAGUUGCAACGUUUUACAUCUUGUUCUUCAGGAGUAGUUUUACAAAAAUGUUAAGUGAAAAUUGGAUAGGCAAUAUCUUGAGCUACAGUAUAACAAGCUCAAGGUUUCGGAUUGACAUUAAGGAGGAUACUCUCCCAGACAGGCUAUGGCUAACAAAAGAUCUGACUACCAUAAGGCUGGUCAACGGAACUGAUUACGAGGCUGGCAUCAGAAGCAUAAAUUUUAAACUUGAUCUCGUCACUACGGACAGUGCAAAGUCAACCACAGUAGAUGUACGCAUAAACAUUGAAGAUCAAAAUGACGAACCUCCGGAGUUUCAAAAAGCAGUUUACGACUUUUUCCUGCUUGCUGGUUCAAAGAGAAAUAGUGUAGUGGGUGUUGUUAGUGCUACUGAUAAAGAUACAGUUGGACAGACAUCAUUUCAUUUGGAAGGCGCCUAUAAAGACGACUUCACCAUAAACGACGAUGGUAUUUUGACAUCAAAGGUGGACUUAACAAGAGGGCGGUUCCCCUCCGCGAUCCUUUUUCGUGUCAAGGCUUAUGAUGGCGUUAACUACUCUGAAGAAGCCAACAUCACUGUGUAUCUCAUCUCCUACACCAGCAAUGCAAUCAACCUCAACAGAACCUUCCUUGGUAGCGUCAGCGAGAACAGCCCCCCUGGAACAAAUGUUGCUGAUGUUGCAGUGUCAAACUACACCGGUUACAAAUUUGCAAACUCUCGGGCUAACAGUCUCUUCAACCUGGAUCUUGUAUCUGGGGUCGUCACAACAAACAUUUCCUUGGACCGAGAGAACAACGACCAUGCAUAUACUGACUUCACCAUUCUGGCUUACAUGGAUAGUAAUGACCAGUGCUCCCCUGUGACGAUUGGUCAACUCAUUACAACUGUAACGGACGUUAACGACAACGCACCAACAUUUUCCAGACCUUCCUAUACAGGAAGUGUAAAAGAAAACUCAACUACAGGGACUCUGGUGGAUGGUUUGGUUGACGUAGUUGUUACUGACGACGACAUCGGAGAGAAUGGUGCCGUCAACUUCGCUUUGACGGGAACAGGCAGCAACUAUUUUGCUGUUGAGAAAUCAAACCACAACCAGUUCACCAUCAAAACAAGCGGAACUCUGGUCGACAGGGAAGUAACUCCAUAUGUAGUCCUGACAUUAACUGGAACAGACAACCCAUCUAAUCCCCAGACAGGCACCACUACUCUCAACAUCACAGUCAUGGACAUCAAUGACAAUACACCUCAGUUCAACCCUGGGACGACUGUAUUUUCGGUGGAAGAAAACGCUGGACCAACGAGUAUCACUACGUUAACAGCUACGGACAAAGAUGAAGGCCGGAAUGGACAGGUGUCAUACUCAUUGGUAGAAGGGGGUUUUGGACUAUUUGCAGUUGACGAAAGCACUGGCGCAGUAUCGACAGUCAAGGAAAUUGACAGAGAAAACAGGGAUGUCUUCAACCUGUCCAUUGAAGCCAGGGACCAAGGGUCGCCUUCUCUUGCAUCAGUAUUGACAAUUACCGUCAAUAUUCGUGAUGUAAACGACGAAAAGCCAACAUUUUCACAGACAUUCUACAAAGGUAAUUAUAUAGAAAAUACUCCAUGUACCACGAGCAUCCUGACAGUGGCAGCAACAGAUCUGGAUGAAGGGAGCAAUGCCAACAUCAGGUUCUCAACAACAAGUUCCAACUUUACAGUCGAUCCAACCUCCGGCGCCAUCAGAUGUGCAAAUCCCCUUGACUAUGAAGCAAUGCAGCAACACCUCAUAGAGAUUAAAGCCGAGAACCCAGGGACUCCCUCUAUGAGCGAUACAGUUACAGUUGAGAUCAACGUUAAAGAUGUAAAUGACAACAGUCCACGUUUUGAUAAAACUACCUAUCAGUCUGAGAUCACAACGUGGGAGUGGGUAACCAACAAUCCUGUCGAUGUUUUUGAAGUCAUGGACGAUGAUUCUGGAACGAACGGUCAAUUUAUAUUCUCCAUGAGUGGGGAGACGGACAAAUUCUUCAUAGAUGGAGAAACUGUAGGUGUGUUACGCAUCAAAGCAGGUGCAAGUCAACCCGGUGCCUCGACAACAUACAAUUUUGACGUCACAGCUACAGAUAAAGGUUCUCCACCACGAAGCGUCUCAGUCCCAGUGUCAGUUCAGGUGAAGAAAAUAGAAGGCAAUAGUACUGUACGGUUCAGUUCUAACGACUUCAGGUUUUCGAUAGUGGAGAACCAAGUAUAUACCACGCCUUUCGGAAUUGCAAAGGCUUCACAUGACCCGAGCGUGUCAGUGCUCUAUUCGCUAAUCCGUGGUGGUGACUUCCGUAUUGAUCCUACCAGUGGAGAGUUGACGUGUAGCAGACCACAGGAUCGUGAGGCAGCACCAAACUAUACCAUGGUUGUCCGUGCCAGAGAUGUGGCCACUAAUGCCUCGGACGUGGCUGUUGCGACGGAUAAUGCAGUCGUCCCCUUAACUGCAACAACACAGGCUACCAUAGUCAUCGAGGACGUCAACGACAACCCCCCGACAUUCACCGAGACGUCAUAUGCAGUGACAGUGAAGGAAGAUAGCCACAUGUCCACACGGAGUAAAGACACUGGAGUUGUAAAAGUGAGCAGCGACCUCGACUACGAGACGACUUCAACAUAUGAAUGCAUCGUGACUGCCGUGGACAUGUAUACAUGCAACAAUGUCAGCGGACGCCUCACUGGAUCGACAACCUUAUCCGUCACCAUCCUUGAUGUCAACGACAACCCGCCGGUGUUUCAGGGGGCUCCGUACCGAGCUAACAUAUCAAGAGACGCUGGCAUCAACAGUCUCGUCACUGACACCAUUAAUGCAACCGACAGGGACGGCGUCAAGGACGGCAAUGGAGUCGUUAAAUACCAUAUUCUAUCAAACACAGGCUACUUCAGGAUUGAUCGUGAUACAGGAAGAAUAUACGUGGCUACAGCCCUAGAUGCAGUGAAUGAUGACAAGGUCACUCUGAGGAUCAAGGCGACAGACGUACCCCAGACAGACCCUGCUAUGGAAACAAUCACAGACAUUACCAUUUCCAUCAUAACUGACCAGCCGCGUCCAUUCUUCAAAAAGACAUACACCUUCCGUGUGAAGGAAAACGAGGCACCAGAUGAGGACAAAUCAGUCUCCAUACGAGCCUAUGUGAGGAGAGCUAGUGAAGAAGAGUGUAACUGCACCUAUGAUGUAAUAGAUUCUUCCAGCUUUUACAUAGACAGUAUUACUGGGGAGUUAAGACAAAGGGAGGAAGUAGACCGUGAAGAGACAGGCAGCCGGUUUUAUGUGACAGUGAAGGCGACAGACCGACACAGCCUUCUCUACAGGACAACAGAUGUUGAAGUGAUUGUUGAAGACGUCAACGACAACUUGCCCUACUUCAACAGCACGCAGCAGAAAUUUAUUGUAUAUCAGAGUGCUCCAGUUGGGUAUGUGAUAGGAAGUGUGAUGUCGUUAGAUCCUGACCUAAACAGUCAGCCCAGAUACACCACCAUCCCAGGGGAUGAGCCAGUGGAACUUCUUGGUAAUGGAACUCUAGUAGUGAGGGCUUCUCUGCUGAACUACACUGACAUUCGUAUGGUUGUCAGUGUGAUAGAAGAUAACUUUGAUGGAACAGUCAACACUUUGCUACAAACGAUCACACAGGUCUACAUAGAGGUGCGACCAGACGAUCAUGCUCCCAGAUUUGGAAACGAACACGUCACAGUUAUGCUGGUGGAGGGAACCAGGAGAGGCACACCGAUAGCUGAUGUGAGGACUAUUGGUAGUUUGGGAGGUUACAGCAACUACGAUAUGGAGACCACAGAUGAUACAGCUAGGGCCUUGUUCCUUGUGACAGCCUCAGGGCAAGUUCUCUGUGGACAGGACAUGUUUCUGAGUGACUUUGCUAAUGACGACACAGUGGCUAAAGAAUAUAUAGUCAAUGUCACAGGGACAAUGGGAGGACAAAAAGCAACAACUGCAACGUUUUACAUCUUGAUCUUCAGGAGUGUUUUUACAACAACGAUAAAGGAAAAUUGGAUAGGCAAUAUCUUGAGCUACAGUAUAACGAGCUCAAAGUUCCGGAUUGACAUUAAGGAGGAUACUGUCCCUGAGAGAGUACAACUAGCAAACGAUUUGAGGGCCAUAAGGUUGGUGAACAAAAUCGACUACGAGGGUGGCAUCAGAAGUAUACAGUUUAAACUUGAUCUCGUCACUAUAGACAGUACAAAGUCAACCACAGUAAAUGUGCGCAUAAAGAUUGAAGAUCCUCCUAAAUUUAAGAAAGCGGUUUACGACUUUUCACUGCCUGCUGGUGCUAAGAGAAAUAGUGUAGUUGGUGUUGUUGACGUUUCUGGUGGAGAUACAACUGGACAGACAUCAUUUCAUUUGGAAGGCGCAUAUAGAGACGACUUCACCAUAAACGAAGAUGGUAUUGUGACAUCAAAGGUGGACUUAACAAGAGGGCGGUUCCCCUCCACGAUCCCUCUUCGUGUCAAGGCUAGUGUUGGCGUUACCUACUCUGAUGAAGCCAACAUCACUGUGUAUCUCAUCUCCUGCACCAUCAGUGCAAUCAACCUCAACAAGGAGUUCCUUGGCAGCGUCAGCGAAAACAGCCCCCCUGAGACAUAUGUUGCCAAUGUCACGGUGUCACUCUACACUGGUUACACAUUUGCAAACCCUCAGGCUCUGAGUUUCUUUAACCUCGAUCCAAUAUAUGGAAUCGUAACAACAGUUGCUGGCCUUGACCGAGAGAACAACGACCAGGCAUAUACUGAAUUCAACGUACAGGCUUACAUGGACAGUGGCGACCAGUGCUCCACUGUGACGAUUGGUCAGCUCAUGACGAAUGUAACGGACGUGAACGACAACACACCAACAUUUUCCAGACUUUCUUAUACAGGAAGAGUGAAAGAAAACUCCAAUCCAGGAACUCUGGUGGAUGGUUUAGUUGAUGUAGCUGUUACUGACGACGACAUCGGAGAGAAUGGUGUUGUAAACUUCGCUUUGACAGGAACAGGUAGCAACUAUUUUGCUGUUGAGAAAUCAAACCACAACCAGUUCACCAUUAAAACAAGCGGAAUCCGGAUCGACAGGGAAGAAACUCCAUAUGUACUCCUGACAUUAACUGGAACAGACAACCCAUCUAAUCCCCAGACAGGCACCACUACUCUCAACAUCACAGUCAUGGACAUCAACGACAAUACACCUCAGUUCAACCCUAGGACGACUGUAUUUUCGGUGGAAGAAAACGCUGGACCAACGAGUAUCACUUCUUUAACAGCUACGGACGAAGAUGAAGGCCGGAAUGGACAGGUGUCAUACACAUUGGUAGAAGGGGGAUUUGGACUCUUUGAAGUUAAUGAAAGUACUGGUGCAGUAUCAACAGUCAAGGAAAUUGACAGAGAAAACAGGAAAGUCUUCAACCUGGACAUCCAAGCAAGGGACCAAGGAUCGCCUUCUCUCGAAUCAGUAACGACAAUUACAGUCAAUAUCCAUGAUGUAAAUGACGAAAUGCCAACAUUUACGCAGACAUUCUACAAAAGUAAUUAUACAGAAAAUGCUCCAUGUACCAGGAACAUCUUGACAGUGGCAGCAACAGAUCUGGAUGAAGGAAGCAAUGCCAACAUCAGAUUCUCAACAACAAGUUCCAACUUUACAGUCGAUCCAACCUCAGGCACCAUCAGAUGUGCAAAUCCCCUUGACUAUGAAGCAAUGCAGCAACACCUCAUAGAGAUAAAAGCCGAGAACCUAGGGACCCCCUCUAUGAGCGAUACAGUUCAAGUUGAGAUCAACGUUGAAGAUGUAAAUGACAACAGUCCACGUUUUGAUAAAACUACCUAUCAAUCUGAGGUAACAACGUGGAAAUGGGGCACCAACAACCCUGUCGAUGUUUUUGAAGUCACGGACGAUGAUUCUGGAACGAACGGUCAGUUGAUAUUCUCCAUGAGUAGGGGAGACGGACAAAUUCUUCAUAGAUGGAGAAACUGUAGGUGUGUUACGCAUCAAAGCAGGCGCAAGUCAACCUGGUGCCUCGACAACAUACAAUUUUGAAGUCACAGCUACAGA